GGGUCAACAUUUUCUCACGUGUCAAGCCAAGGAUGGGAAAGAGCUGCUGGGUUUUCACAGUCCUCACAUCGAUCAAGUUCAUCACAUUAGGAGAACAUUCUACCCAAAGAGCGAAUGAUGCACGCUGCAAGCUGUGUGUGUGUAGUGUGAGUGCCAGUUGUUAGUGUGUGUAUGUGUGUGUGUGCAGAGAGGGAGAGAGAGAAAGAGAGAGAGAGCGCGCAACAGACUGAGCCCCUAACACGGAGCAUGCCUCUGCGUCCGGCAGCCGGCAAACAUGAGCCACCCAGCCCUCCACGGCAGGACCAGCAGCAGCAGCAGCACCACACACACACACACACACACUCACACACACUCACACACCCUUACACACACGCAGCAAACGGCAGCCACGGGGCCAGCACUGACAGCAGCAGCUCCCGGGAAGAGGACAGCAGUGUCCCUGUUCCUGUCAGUGUUCCGGUGUUCUGUCCCGCUGCGCAGCGAAGCCACAGUGCAGGAGCACCCAUGGAGGAACCCACAGGCAAUACCGUGGUCAUCCGCAUUGGUAUCCCAGACCUACAACAGACGAAAUGUAUGAAAUUCAAUGUGGAUGCUCCCAUCUGGCUGUCCAAACAGCGGAUCUUGUGUAAUCUCAACCAGAGCCUGAAAGAUGUUCUCAACUAUGGCCUUUUCCAGCCGGCUUACAAUGGCAAGGCUGGUAAAUUUCUGGAUGAGGAGAGACAGCUAAGGGAAUACCCUUUCCCAUCCAUCGCCCCUGUACCUUAUCUGGAGUUCCGCUACAAAAGACGUGUGUACACACAAACUUACCUGGAUGAAAAGCAGCUCUCAAAGCUCCACACCAAGGCAAACCUGAAGAAGUUCAUGGAGUAUGUGCAGCAGAGGAGCAAUGAAAAGGUUUCAAGGUUCCUGGAAAAGGGCCUGGACCCCAACUUCCAUGAUCCAGACACAGGAGAAUGUCCAUUAACGCUGGCAGCACAGCUGGAGGGAUGUGCCGAGCUCAUCAAGGUGCUCAAGAGUGGAGGGGCUCAUCUGGACUUCAGAACAAAAGAUGGCAUCACUGCCCUACACAAGGCUGUGCGCAGCAAGAACCAUACGGCACUGAUCACACUGUUAGACUUGGGUGCAUCACCUGACUACAAAGACAGUCGGGGGUUGACUCCUCUCUAUCACAGCUCAAUGGUUGGAGGAGAUCCGUACUGCUGCGAGCUGCUGCUGCACGACCAUGCCCAGGUCGGCUGUGUGGAUGAGAAUGGCUGGCAGGAGAUACACCAGGCGUGCCGCUACGGCCACGUGCAACACCUGGAACACCUGCUGUUCUAUGGAGCUGACAUGAGUGCUCAGAAUGCAUCCGGAAACACUGCGCUGCACGUGUGUGCUCUCUACAACCAGGAAAGCUGUGCACGAGUUCUCCUCUUCAGAGGGGCCAAUAAAGAAGUCAAGAACUACAACAGCCAGACUGCCUUUCAGGUGGCUAUUAUAGCAGGAAACUUUGAUCUGGCUGAAAUCAUAAAGGUCCACAAAGUAUCAGAUGUUGUACCUUUCAGGGAGACGCCGUCCUACACCAGCCGCCGUCGUGUGAUUCCCGGCCCCCUGCCCUCACCACGUUCCUUGCUCCGAUCUGCGAGUGACAACAACCUGAACGGGGACCACGAUCACAUCCGCGGUCCGGCCCCUCGAGAGACACGCGGGCGCCAGGGUCACUCCCCUGUCCCCUCGCUGCGCAGUCUGCCAGCUCUCGGGCAGCAGCACAGCAGCCUCGGAGAGAGUCGUCAUGGUGAGAUGCCUGACAGCAGUCUCCAGAGCACCGGCAGCUCCAGAUCCUCGCAUUCCCGCUCGCCUUCACUACAUCACAUGCAUGAAGAGGACAAGCCCGUUCCCAGAAGGUCCCACAGCCAUGGAUACCCUCACGGACAUGGACCUCGUGGUAGACUCAGCCCCGGCUCAGUGCAGCGAGACCCAAGCCCCCCUCAUCAUACCCCUCCAGCGUUGACAGGCCCCCGUGGGCCAAAAAGGAAACUCUACAGUGCUGUCCCAGGACGUACCUUCAUUGUGGUUAAACCCUACACACCACAGGGGGAGGGAGAAAUCCAGCUGAACCGUGGAGAGAGGGUCAAAGUGCUGAGUAUAGGAGAAGGAGGAUUCUGGGAAGGCACGGUCAAAGGAAGGACAGGCUGGUUCCCGGCAGACUGUGUGGAGGAAGUUCAGAUGAGGCAGUUUGACCCACGGCUAGAGACUCGGGAGGACCGCACUAAGAGACUGUUCAGACACUACACUGUGGGAUCUUACGACAACUUCACCUCAUACAGUGAUUAUAUCAUAGAGGAGAAGAACGCUGUUUUACAGAAAAAAGAAAAUGAGGGGUUUGGCUUUGUCCUGCGGGGAGCGAAAGCUGAGACGCCCAUCGAAGAGUUCACCCCGACCCCAGCGUUUCCUGCCCUGCAGUACCUGGAGUCUGUGGAUGUGGAGGGAGUGGCGUGGAGGGCCGGUCUGAGGACAGGAGACUUCCUCAUUGAGGUUAACGGGGUGAAUGUGGUGAAGGUGGGUCAUAAACAGGUGGUGUCCUUGAUCCGGCAAGGAGGCAACAGGCUGCUGAUGAAGGUGGUGUCUGUCACGCGCAAACCAGAGUCUGAGGAGGUUAUUCGCAAGAAAGCUCCCCCACCACCCAAGAGAGCUCCGAGCACCACACUGACGCUGCGCUCCAAAUCCAUGACCGCUGAGCUUGAAGAACUGGCUUCUGCUCGGAGGAGAAGAGGAGAGAGACUAGAUGAGAUGUUGGCGUCCCAGGAGUCCAUGUUACGUUCUCAGCCCUCGGAGGCGGAUUACAGAGCGGCUACUGUCAAGCAGCGGCCUACCAGCAGGAGAAUAACACCAGCAGAGAUCAGUUCACUGUUUGAGAGACAAGGGAUGACUCUACAUGGAGGUCUUCACACGGGCGUUGAGCGCGGUCACAUUCUGCUACCAAAGGGAAUGUCCAGGACCAAGUCUUUUGGUGCCACUGAGGAGGAUCGGCUGUCUGCGCUCGCAGGCGAGCACCGCUUUCCCCGCAGUUCCUCUAUGACGGACAGCCUCCGAGACCACUCGCAGCCCCAUCCCAUCCCCCCACCUCCGCAAACGGCGCCUCCUCCGCCCCCGUACUACCUAGACACUGGUCCACCCCCGGCCUUUUGCCCCCCUCCUCCCCCAUCCAGGACCCAGAGUCAAGGCCACGAGCCUGGAGGCCGCUCCAGCUUCAAGCCGUCCUCCCUGGACCUGCCGUACGAGGCCGCUCAGCGGCAGGCCACACACAUCGAGAGACAGAAGAAAGCUCGCUCCAUGAUUAUCCUCCAGGAUUCUUCACAUCUACCUGUAGAACCUACAGAAAUCCCUCGACCAUCUGCUGCUACACCACCUGAGCGCAUCAAGAGGAAGGGGCGGGUCAUUGACAACCCGUAUGCUAAUGUGGGUCAGUUCAGUAUUGGAUUAUACACACCUACCAAGCCCCAGAGGAAAAAAAGUCCCCUGGUGAAACAACUACAGGUGGAAGAUGCACAAGAAAAAGCCUGUUUGGCCUUAGCUGCUGCCCACUCCCGAGAGAGCUCACCCUCAGGACGACACCCACACACCCAUGGGCACACACACACCAGCCGUGUGGACUACUACCAGCAGCAGCUGAUGGCAGAGCGAGAGCGCUUGCAUGCCCAGGGAGAGAUGCUGUUUCAGGGUAAGGGCCCCUUUGCUGCCGCCAUCGCCGGAGCAGUGAAAGACCGCGAGCGCCGCCUAGAAGAACGGAGGAAAUCCACAGUCUUCCUUUCUGUUGGGACCAUGGAGGGGGCGUCAACCACCAGCUCUGACGCACCCUCUCUCACUCAGUCUCACUCCAUCGAUGAACGAAUGCUCACUCGAGAGCUCGGACAGCUGCCUCCCCCUGCCUUGGCCCUGAGCCCCUCGCCCAGUGGGACAACCUUCAUCCAUCCACUCACAGGAAAACCCCUGGACCCCAACUCGCCGCUGGCUCUUGCGCUGGCCGCAAGGGAGAGGGCACUGACCUCCCAGUCCCCAGCUAGCAGCCCAGAGCCUAGGACUAAACAGGAGCGGGCAGGCCAGGGCAUAAUAUUCAUUGACACUCAGACCAAAGAGUCUCCACAUGAAAGGGCAUCCACACCUCCCCCUUUCUCACCUAAAAGCACCAAGGCAGCAGGGUAUGGACUAGGAUCCUCCCCAGCCUCAGUUUUAGUUCCCCAGCCAACCAAAACCCAGUGGACUACAUUAACGUCACCUGUUUCAUUCCGACAGGAGAUGGAGGCCAGAGUAGAGGAGAGGAAGGAGGAGAAGAGGCUAGAGGAUAAGAAAAGCAUGUUAAUCAGUAUUAUGGAUACAUCACAGCAGAAGACAGCGGGACUAAUCAUGGUCCAUGCUACCAGUAAUGGCCAGAGUGGUGGGAUAGGUGCAGAACUGGAGCAGAUCCCUGCCUCGGCAUCCGCAGAGCCAAGCAAAUCUCCAAGUCCACGGGCUAAAUCCCCUAGUCCCACAGUCUCCCAACCCAAGGCCCAGCCUCAAACUCAGCAUCCUGCCAGUCCAGCGCAAGAGAAGAGUCUGGCUCAGGGAAGCUCAGAGGAGGAUGUAGAUCCAUACACGGUGACCCUGCCCCCUGCAAUGUUGUCAUCGAGUGAUGAGGAAACAAGAGAGGAACUACGCAAGAUUGGAGUGGUACCACCACCGGAUGAGUUUGCUAAUGGGCUGCUCGCACAGGCACAAAAGAUGCUGGUGUCCCCAACUAAACCCACCACCUCUCCCACAACCCCGACAACAGCAACAUCCCAAACUCCCACCACCCCAACGGUGACCCCCACACAGUUUCAGCCUACCCAGCCCUCACCCCACCCCAGUGCAACAGCUGUCUCAGGGAAGCCCUCUGACCCUCUGGAGCCCCCACCAGUGGGCGAGUCUGGCUCUGCAGCUGAUUCAGGUGUGGAGGAGGCUGACACGCGCAGCUCCAGUGACAGAGAGCGAGACCACCACCUCGAGACCACCAGCACCGUCUCCACAGUCUCCAGCAUGUCCACGUUGUCCUCAGAAAGCGGCGAGCCCGCCGACACACACACCACGCACACCUCCUAUGCCGACGGGCAGACUUUUGUGCUUGACAAGCCGCCAGUGCCUCCUAAGCCCCGCCUCAAGUCCCAGAUAGGAGGCAGUAAAGGCCCUGUCACCUUCAGGGACCCUCUGCUGAAGCAGAGCUCUGAUAGUGAGCUGCUAUCACAGCAACAGGCUGCUGCUCUUGCUGCUGCUGCAGGCGGAGGACCCGGGCUCCCCUCAGGUGGUUCAGCCUCUGUGACUGGACUUGCUCCCACCAAGCCGCGCUACCUCUUCCAGCGGAGGUCCAAGCUGUGGGGGGACCCAGUGGAGCCCCGCGGGCCAGGAGUGGGGCUAGGUAUCGGGAGUUUGGGCAAUCUCGGUGGGCUUGGACUGGGGCUGGGUGCAGAUGAGGGAACAAAACCGUCUGUAAUGGGGGAGCUGAGUUCACGACUGCAGCAGCUAAAUAAAGACACUAGGUCACUGGGAGAAGAACCACUGGGGGCAUCACUUGACCCAGGGAGGAAGUCACCUGUGACAGGUGCUAGACUUUUCAGCAGCCUAGGCGAGCUCCACACCAUUUCUCAAAGAAGUUACGGCACCACAUUCACCAUCCGCCCAGGCAGCCGUUACCCCGUCACCCGACGCACCCCCAGUCCAGGCUCAGGAUCUCCCGAUCGGGGCGAUCCUCUCGGGCGUUAUUCAGGCUAUGGCCUUCCUCCGUCACCGACUACACCACCACAGACCAUCCUCAAAUCCUCCAGCCUCAGUUUACCCCAGGAGCCUAAAGAGGUGCGCUUCGUAAUGAGGAGCUCCAGCGCCCGCUCCCGCUCUCGCUCCCCUUCCCCGUCACCCUCCCACUCACCAGGCUUGGGGUCGCCACUCUUAGCCCUGCGGCCCUUCCACCAAAAACCCCUUCACCUCUGGAAUAAGUACGACGUGGGAGACUGGCUGGAGAGCAUCAACCUGGGGGAGCACAGAGCAGGGUUCCAGGAACAUGAGAUCGAAGGCUCUCACCUCCCGGCUCUGACCAAGGAAGACUUUGCAGAACUGGGAGUGACACGAGUCGGACAUCGCAUGAACAUUGAACGAGCACUAAAGCAGCUGCUGGAGAGCUGACCCCCGCCUACAAACAGAGCAACAGUUAGAAAGAAACAUCGGGAAAGGAGGUGGAAGAUAUAAGAAAGAACAAGAAAAGAUAAUUACCGCUCCUCUUUUACUCCUGCUGCAUCACUAAUGUCUACAUUUGGUUCCUAGCGACACUUUUCCCUCCUGUUCUGCAUUCAAACCGUGCACCUGACACUGCUCUGAAGAGGAUGAGUGGAUAUGUCCGCCCCCCUCUGCUCAGCCCGGAGUGUCUACCCACCUUUCAGUUAGAUCAAAAUGGACUUUCUUUGCCGAGGAGACUCACCUGAGCUCCACUGAAACAUUUCAUCCAUCCAGUUUGAUCUGCAUUUGCCUCAGUAACACCCACACUGUUCCCUCCUCUCCUUCUCUACCUCUGUCCCGCCAUCUCUUUGGGCCUAUGAAAGCCUUUUGCAGUUUGAGUAAAGGAGGAGAAGGAAGACUCUUUUUUUGUUGGUUCCAAACAGAAAGCUCAGUUGCCUUUCAUAUUAUUUAUACAGAGAUCACCAGUGAUGAACACAGGACAGAGAGGAUCAUGCCGACACGGCGCUGAAGAGACACAUCUUCUCUGUUCCUGCUGUUGUUUUUAAACCGAAGACUUAAGGUGGAGCUCCACACAGUAAACCACGGGAGAAAACUCCUCCACCCUGGUACCCAGACUGUGCUGUCUAUUAUAUUUGGAGAAUGUUUAACCAACACUCGUGGCUUUUUUCUUAAUCAAAAAAACUUUUUUCUUUUUUUUUUUGGUUUUCCAAAGGGAAUAUUAUAUAUAGGUAUUAUAUAAUAUAAUAUAUAAAUGUAUCUAAAUAUAGCUUUCAGAAGAAAAGACAAUGUUGCAAAGAGGAAAUGUAAUAAAUGAAUCUUUGCCUGUUUUUUGGUUUUUAGUAUAGAAGGCAGAGCGAGAUCUUUAAAUUUAUUCCACCAAUAGUUUACUCAUUUCUACCAAUUAUAUACAUAUAUAUAAAUAUAUAUAUUUGAAAGAAAAAAAGUAUAUAGAUAUGGAAAUGAAAUUUUUGUCAUAGGUGUACAAUUUUUCCUUAUGGUCACCCUUUCUCGAAUCGUAGCAUGACAAGUUGCAUCAUGGUCUUGAAGCGAGAGUUUGUUGUUUGCUUUUUAUUUUUCUUACAGUCUUCCUUCAUACUAAAGGGCAUCCCAUAAUGUGAGGCUGAGACCCCAGAUGACACCCAUCCCUACUGCCACAGUUACAGACCUCAGCAACCUCUCUGAUCCAUCCACCCGGUGAAUAAGAAAGGGGCUCUUCAUCUCAUGCCUCUAAAUCACUCAGGGAUGGAAGUUUGGGGCACUAGCAUGAAGAGGCUGCUGGCUCUUUAAAUACGAUGCAUUUUACUUUCUUAACUGUAAGGACAUUUUAGCGCCACCACAGUCUGAUAAAGUGUUACGAGGGCUAGUUAAAAUUUCCAUCCCUGCAAUUCCUGAGGGUGCUUCUCAGACUGGGCUGCAAGGUCUGUUCUAGUGAAAGAUGGUUGUUUGAGCAGCAGAAGGAAAACCUCAAAAAUCCAAAUGUGGCUAAAUUAAGCUUUAAAACUGUAGUGCGUAACUCUGAAAUAUAACCAAAUUAACCUGCGACAUUCAAAUCAGCUGCACAUGAUUCUCUCUGUUUCUCAGUAUAGCGGCGUUUUAGAUCUCAUGUCACCUGGUGACAUUCCCACGCUGCACACAGGAAGUGCAACAGCGUGCAAUGUUGAGCGAGUGAACUGAGAUGAAUGACUGAAAACACAAAGGCCCCAGAAAAGUUUCCCAAAAAGCUGUUGUUCAGCAGAUUCAUGGGAUAAAUAAGUGCACUGUUUAAUCAAGCUAAGGGCCGUAGUCUGACUAAGACAGGGAAUUGGACCACUUGCACUGACUCCGCCUCCAUAGGUGGUGCUGUAUCUCUCUAUAAGCUAGUGUGUAUUGAAUCUGUUUCCUGUUGACGUUUACGUCACAGAAAAACAAAGCGUGAACAGCGGACGGUGAGAUGGACGGUGCUGUGGUUCUGUUUGUUUGGUACCUGUCAGACCCGUCCUAGUCAGACUAAUUUGUUUACAGGACAUUAAGAAAACCGAAUUAUAGUCUUAGUUUGACUAUAAUUGGACUUUUAACACGCAUGUAAACACACUGAAUGUUUCUUGUCCCUGUCCCACCCCUGCUCUGCUGCUGUACACACACAAACGCUCCCUCAUUCAGCUCUGAUAGAAUUGACAGGGCCUGACGCAGCAAACAAAUAAUGUGACAUAAUUUCUCUUCACAAAGACCAAACAGAGGCAGAAUAAUAAUAAUAAUAAUAAUAUCAACACCAAAAGUUACGCACUGUAGCUUUAAUUUCUCAAAUAAAGCAGAUGCUUUUAGUCUUCAAAUCAACUCCAACAUAACUUGUCAUACAAGGGCUUGAACAAGCUGGACACGACAGUGGACGUGUGUCUGUAGCUUAUCAGGCUGUGGGGAUGGGAAACCUCUAUUUUAGGUCUUAUAAGAAAACUCAACAUGUUACAACGUGGCAGUGUCUUGUAACAUUCACUUAGUGAGUCAAAUAUGAUCAUUAUAACAGUGGCAGCCACAAUUCUUACAACUGAGACCCAGGUUGUAAAAAUGUUCCUUUAAAAAAACAAAAAACAAAGAUAAAUACAGUAUAUCUACAGUUGUGCUCAUGAGUAGCUUCUGCUGGCAGUGAGAAACAGUGAGUUAUAUUCACGCAACAACAAAAGCAUUAUAUCCAUAGCUUUUCUCUGGCAAGGUAAUCUUUACCUCAAAAAAACGAAACCACAACUAAGCGAUAAGUUGUGUACAUCCUUUUUUUUCCCCCUUUUCUUUUUUGCUAAGAAUUUGUAAAAGCAGGUGGUGAAUAUAACGUAUCUGGGUUGUAGGAAUAGCACUCACUGCCUCACUGUGACCUCACUAAUCAUUUUUUCUUCUGACUCCAGUAUUAUUUAUGUCCUCAGACUCAUUUGGACUUUAUGUGUUAAGGGUUAUUUUCUUUUUUUUAAUGAUUAUUUUGUUGUUGAUUUGUGCCCUCAGACACUGUGGGUAGAUUUUGUAGCGUGUGGAACAUGAUAUUUAAAAUUUUCACUCAUUUGAAUUUUAGAGUGACAGAAAAAAACAAAACCAAUAUCCUGUCUAUUCUAAACGUGUAAAAAUGAACAAACUACAAAUAUUUCCUUUUUUUUUUGUUUUUUUUUAAAUCACAAGCAAUGUACAUAUGAUAGAUUUCAUAUAAAUUUUUUGAAAAACAAGAAGUAUAUAGAUCUAUAUAUGAAUGUUUGGCAUAUAUGCAUAGUUAACCACCUGUGAAAAAGGUGAGCAGAUUUUAUUCUUUCUAUGAACUCUUGAACUUUUGAACUCUGAACUAUGAACUAGGGGAUGAUUUGCACAAAACAAGGUGACAAGGUGCUAACAACAUAACAGCCACCCAUCGUUCAAGCGCAUGUGUGCAUCUGGAAUCCCCCGAAUCUCUCCGUGUGGUUGUUCCUCUUCAGUGUGCAUUUACAGCUGUUUGUCUCCAUUUCAGGUGGGGUUGUUGUAAAGAGAAGGACAAGGAGACUGCAAAUGUGUUAGUCCACUAUAGCCUUACUGUAAUAUGAUCAGAGCGUCCCCCUGCAGUGGCUGUGUCACACACACACACACAUUCAUACAGAGAAAUGCACACUGAAUAUAAUUGUUUUGCACUGAGUGACGUUAUCUCUCAAUGAAGUGGACGGACUGACCUGAGAGGAGGCUGACAAAUAAAGAAAGAUUACACCAUGGUACUGCGUUAGGGCUGGGCGAUACGUGAUAUUAUCACAGCGAAGAGUUUCUAAUCAGACAAUAUCAACCGUUGUCGUGAUAAAAUAACAGAUAGUUAAAGGUACAGUGUGUGAAAUGUGGCUACAAUUCUGCACCUCACAUGCAGCCUUAAUAGUAUAGCAUUAAAACUCAAGUUUUGUCCAGCGCAGGCUACUGUAAAAAACAUGGUGGUUAUAUAUUAUACAUCUGUAUAAACAAUAAGUAUAAUUGUCUUCUAUGUCUGUUAAAUGAACAUGAUUUAAUCACUUUUUUACACACUGGGCCUUUAAAGGUUGGGGGUUGCUCCUGAGUGUAGGUUGAAGAAACCACUUAAUUGUGGGUUUAAACUUAAAGAAUAAGCAGAAAACAAGAAACUUUUUUAAUUCUGGGCCAAAGCAGCAAUUUUGUUUGCACAGUGCCUUAAAGGUCCAGUGUGUACAUUUUGGAUGAAAUUAUUUUCAUUUGGUAGAAAUCGAAGAUAAAAUAAUAUA